AUGGAACAAGCAGAUAUGUCAUGCAAUGUACUUCUCGACACUUCAGAAAACAUUGCCAUGCGAGACACUUCCCAGGAACCCAUCAAGCUUUCCAAGUCCCAGAUUCGUAGGAGAAAACGAGAAGAGAGGAGAGAGAAGCAACGUAAAUUGCGUCUGGCAGAACAAAGGGCCAUCUUGUUUGCUAAGUACCAGAUGGGCACACGAAAACGGAAUAAGCAGAGAGCAGACCGGGAUGCAAUUUUUGUUGUAAGACAACAGGACACUGGGUCUUCGGGGUCCGAUGUUCACAAGAAAAUACGAAAAGAGAAGAAAGCGAAAAGGAAAGCAUUGGUCGCGGAAGAACAAGAGGCUACAACACAAAUGUUAGCACGCACGCAAGCGCUGCUAAUAGAGAAAGAAGCAGCACUGCUUGAAAUGCAAGAUGCAGCGCAUAGAGACGCGUUAAUUGCAGCAGAGAAGAUUGCAUUCUUGGAAGAGAGAAUGGAAGAUCUACUUACAUACCACAGCAGAUGGGAUCUAAUUGGUGAACCAAAGAAGUAUGUCCUGUUGGAUGAUCCAUUAAGUGCUGCGGACAGUUACACUGCGUGGUUCUUGUACGAUAGACUCUUCCGCGGACCGUUUAUGGCAAACCGUACGGUGAUCUUAGUCACUCACCACGUGGAGCUCAUGCUCCCUGGCACUUAUUACCUCGUCCGCAUACCGGAUGGUCGCAUCGAUACUAAGGGUACUGUCAAGGAUCUCUGUGCGCAGGACCGCAUUGCGCAGAAUUUCACUACAGAAGCCAAAGAAGAGGAACCUGUCGCAGCCUUUGAGGUCCCUGUAGAAGCGCAGGAGGACAGCGAUGGGGCAGACACGCCUGUAGAAUCAAAGAAAAAGCCUAGAAAGCUCAUCAAGGACGAGCACUAUCUAUAUGAGUUCAAACAUUAUGGGGGCAUAGCAUUUUCCUAG